AUGACAAACAAUUUAAGCACCAAUGAUCUUGAUACAUCAAAUAAAGAAAUAGUUCCACUUUGUCAAGAUAUCGGUUAUACCUUGAUCAAAUAUCUUAAUGGUUUGAAUGUUAUUAAUUUUAUCGAAGCAAUAAACGAUUCUGAUCAAUUCUAUGCCAUUGAAAUAAUUAGUGAAAAAGCAUUCUAUAAAAAAUUCACGAAGCUUAUGAAAAAAGAAAAGGUCAAAGUUGAUGUUCCAUAUGUAUAUUGUUAUUUGGAUACAUGGUCUAUCGAUGAUGAAGGAUAUGUGCGUCCUACAGAACAGUUCUAUCAAAGUGGCGCACCUAUCUUACGUCUCUUUAUUCAUCCAACUUUUACUGAUGAUGCCUUUGAACAUUUAUGUUCUACGUACAAAACUUCAUCGUUUCAAUGUUAUACUCGUUUAAUACCCUUGAAUAUACAUACAUAUGUGGGUAAUUCAACUUUGGUUGAUUUUUUCAGUUAUAAAAAUUCAAAUGGUUACAAUCGUGAACUGAAUGUUUAUGAACGGAAUCUUUUUAAAGGUGUAAUUUUAAUAUAA